AUGAGCGCGGCGUUCCACAGAGCGCUCAAGUCUCCGCAGAUCCUAGAGUUGUCUGGGAUUGGCCGAAAUGAUGUACUGUCGAAGAUUGGAGUUCCCGUCAAGCUCGAUCUUCCUGGUGUCGGCGAAAACAUGCAAGAACACAUGGCACUUGCGAUGUCGUGGGAGCUGAAAAAUGAGUUCCCCAAACAAGCCCAAGAACUUGCUGUUUCUACGAUGCCCAUGGCGUUCUUCCCUCUGGACCAAAUUUCAGACAGAGCAGGAGAGAUCUAUGAACGGGCUAAGGAGGAGAUCGGCAAGCUGGACGGUGACACGGUUCCUGCCGGCUACAUCGACCAGACGCGACUAAUGUUGGCGCGUCUUGACCCGAAGACAAGCAGUCCCACUUGCGAGAUAACCACGGCCCCUACGUUUAUAUCAGGUCCCAACCCACCUACCCCCGGGAAGCGUUAUAUCACGUUCAUAGUACUGGUACACACUGUGUUCUCUCGUGGAACCAUCCACAUCAAAUCGAGUGACCCAAACGAGGAUCCCGACCUCGACCCGCGCUACCUCGAACGCAACGUCGAUGCGGACAUGUUGCUUGAGGCGACCAAGUUUGCGCGCAGUCUGGCAAACACCAGUCCCAUUAAAGACAUGAUUGUUAAGGAGGUCAAUCCGGGCCCCUCUGUGCAGACGGAUGAGCAGCUCCUCAAAUGGGCUAAGUCAAUCCUCGCCUCUGGUUUCCAUACCGCGUCCUCACUCUCGAUGUUGCCAAGAGAGAAGGGUGGCGUCGUCGACCCCAAACUGAAGGUCUGCGGGACAGAUAACCUGCGUGUCGUCGAUCUCUCGAUUGUUCCGCUGCACAUCUGCUGCCACACUCAGUCCACGGCAUACUUCAUCGCGGAGAAAGCCGCCGACAUCAUCAGGAACUCUUGAAGCCUGAUUCACAUGUAUUCAGACAUCGCAAAGCCCCCAUGUAGCACAUGCUUUGUACUACUACAAAUGCGAAGAGUUGGUCCAUACAAUACACAAUGUACAGUAUCACGCCCGUAAACAUGAAGAAAUUACGUCU